AUGCCGGGUUCCCGCAGACCAAUCUUCGUCAAUCCCAACCCGACCACGACGUCGUUGGGGGGUUUGCCUCGAGUGCAGGCCUUCCACGAGCACUUCCCGGGCUACGCCGCGAGCCCGCUGGUGCCGCUGCCCGACAUUGCCGACGAGCUCGGGGUGCGAGCAGUCUAUGUCAAGCAGGAGAGCAAUCGCUUCGGUCUGCCGUCCUUUAAAGUGCUCGGUGCCUCCUGGGCCAUCUACCAGGCCGUCUUGGCAGCCUUGGGAUUGCCAGAUGGCACGCCCCUUGAGACCCUGAUCGCCCGCGUGCAGGCCAGUGCAGCCAGUGCAGCCAUUACUCUCAUUGCUGCUACUGAGGGCAAUCAUGGCCGGGCGGUCGCUCGGGUCGCCCAGCAGAUGUCGUUGCAGUGUCGCAUCUACGUCCCGUGCACCAUGCACGAGUACACCAAGCAGAUGAUCCAGUCCGAAGGGGCCGAGGUGGUCGUCGUCGAGGGGGACUACGACCGGGCCGUCCAAGCUGCUGCCGACUCGGCCGCGGAGAUGGAACAACGUAUCCUGAUCCAGGACACGGCCUUCGAGGGAUACGAGGACAUUCCAGCAUGGGUGGUGGAAGGCUACUCGACCUUGCUGCGCGAGGCAGACGAGCAACUGCACGCCCUCGGGCUGCUGAAUACUCUGGUUGUCGCGCCAGUAGGCGUGGGCUCGUUCGGCCAAGCCGUCGCCACAUACUACAAGUCGCGAGAGACCCCUGCCGCAGUCGUGGCCGUCGAGCCCGAUACCGCGCCCAGCCUGACCCACAGCCUGCAACAAGGCAAAUUGACGUCAGUAAUCACCAGUCCUAGCAUCAUGGCAGGGAUGAACUGUGGCACAGUGUCUAGCGUCGCCUGGCCGCUACUGCAACAGCUGGUCGAUGCGAGCGUGACCGUUUCGGAUUGGGAAAGUCACGGCGCCGUCCAAGACCUCACUGCCCAGUCGGUCGACGCCGGACCCUGUGGUGCCGCCAGUCUAGCUGCCAUUCGUCGCCUAAAGGCUGAGCAUCACGGUUCCGCCUUUUUCACACCAGAGUCAGUCAUCUUACUCCUCAGCACCGAGGGCCGUCGCCCCUACGAGGUCCCGCAGGAUGUCUCAACGGACGACCCGGUGAAACUGACCCAGAUGCUGACGCGGAUCAACUCCUCCAACCCUACCCUGUCCAAGUCUCGAGGGGCAGGAGAGACAGCCAUUGUCAAUUACCUGUCCGCCUGGUUUUCUCAUCGUGCUAUUGAGCACCACCGCAUCGAAACAACACCAGGGCGCCCGUCUGUGGUGGGGAUCGUGCGCGGAUCUGGUAGAGGAUCAUCCAUCAUGCUCAACGGGCACGUCGAUACGGUUAGCCUGACGACCUACGAGGGGGAUGCGCUGACGGGACAUCGGGGGGUGAAGGAGGGCAAAGAGGUAGUAUUUGGGCGCGGUGUGUUGGAUAUGAAGGCGGGUUUGGCCGCUGGCCUAUCAGCCCUUCUAGUCGCAAAGGAAAGCCCGCUGGCUGGAGAUGUGAUGAUCGCCGCGGUGGCGGACGAGGAAGAUGCAUCCCAGGGGACGAUAGAUGUACUUGCCGCUGGAUGGCGAGCUGAUGCCGGGGUAGUGCUAGAGCCGACCAACCUCGCCAUUGCGCACGCGCACAAAGGGUUUGCCUGGGCGGAGGUGGAGAUCCUGGGACGGGCAGCUCACGGUUCCCAGCCGGCAGACGGGAUAGAUGCCAUCAUGAACAUGGGACUGUUUCUCCAGGCUUUGCGCGAGACUCAGGCGCAGCUCCCCGUCGAUGCGGUGUUGGGGCAGGGGUCUCUACACUGCGGCAUUGUCCAUGGAGGAGAGGAGGCCUCAUCAUAUCCAGCCAGUUGCAAACUGACUGUCGAGUACCGGACAGUGCCGGUGCAGACGAACCAGGGGAUCCUGGACGAUCUGGGUGCCCUCUUGGACCGACUGGCCCGAGAGAAUGCCGGGUUCCAGUACCGGGAGCCUCGCAUCACAAUGUCGCGUCCCAGCCAGCAUGUUCCCCAUGACCAUCCUCUAGUUGAACAGUUGGUUCACAUCAGUCAGGAUGUUAUUGGCCAUCCUGCAGCAGUGCAGAGUGUCCCUUUCUGGUGCGAUGCCGCAUUGCUCACGGAGGCGGGGAUCCCCAGCAUUGUGUUCGGACCGUGCGGGGCGGGCCUGCACUCGCGGGAAGAAUGGGUCGAGGUCGACAGCCUCCCCGCCUUCCGUUUCUACUCUUCCUCUUCCUCUUUCUCUUCCCCAUCUUCAUCUUUCCCCGCACCUAUAUUUCUUCUUGCUCCUUUCCCUUCGUCCGUGUUCUUUCACAAUGGCUUUUCGUACAUAUGCGUCUCCAGAAUCCUAAACUACCAGGCCGGCAACUUGGGCUUCGCCAUGGAAGCCUCCUUCCCCGACAGCUCGCGAGCCUCGUUCGACGAUGACUGGGCAGAAUGGCUCUCCACCUCCGAUUCCAUCCACCCCGAUACCUUCUCCUACCCUGCGGGUCCCGUUGAAAACACCUCCCUGGAUCCGGUGAUCCCCGGGGAAACCCGACGGGACUUCGCAGAAACCGAUCCGACCAACCACUCCAGCAUCCGGCCGACCGAUGAUUUCAGUGUCUCGCGAUGGUUAGAAGGCGCCUAUCGUCCUUCCGUCCCCUGCGCCCACUGCCAGCAGCACCGACUACAGUGUCUCAUCAUCCGCACCACCCCGGCCAAUCCGAACCCAGUCUCAUCCUGUUCCAGCUGUGUCGCCCUCUUUCGCGAAUGUAGCCUUGCCCGCGGCGAGAAGCGCCACCCCGCCGGCUUUGAGACGUUCUUUCCCGUCUUCAAUCAUCUACACGGGGUUACAGAUGAGAAUGAUGGGCGGCACAAGCCGCGCUUUUCGAGGAAAGGAGCCAAAGUCUUGCGGGAUUGGCUGUAUCGCAACCAACAUGCUCCGUAUCCUACUGAGGAACAGAAGGCCCAGUUCGCCCAGCAAACCGGUCUCACUGAGAAACAAAUAUCCACCUGGUUUGCCAAUGCGCGACGGCGGCACAGGGUGGCGCGGCGAACGUCUCGACCCAGUCAGAUCUUUCGGAGUGGCUCCCCCAUGCCUGUUUCUCGUCCUCCCACUUUGACACCGAUGGAGCGCUGGCAGAGAUCGCCGCCAGAUCAGGAACCCGUGUCAGAAUCGGCCAUUCAAGAUGCCAUUGCCGCCGCAGGUACCGAUACGGCAUGGGAUUGCCCGAGCGCAUCCGCCGACGCUAGUCCUGGCGCCCACAACCUCGCGUCUUCCAUCUCGAGCAUGGAUAGUGAGCCAUCUCAUGCCUCAUCGGAAAGUGUCUCGUCGGCUUGGAGUCAUCGUUCAGAAAGCUAUCUGCCGUUUCCACUCUCGGACGUACCGUCCCGGUCCCAGUCACGACGGCGACGGCCCAGACGCCGGUCAGCAGCAGAAGGCCCCUUUCAGUGCACCUUUUGCGUUGACUCGUUCAAGAAGAAGCAUGAUUGGGCCCGGCAUGAGAAGAGUGUCCACUUGUCGUUGGAAUCCUGGAUCUGCACCAUUGGACCGGACAUCUUGGAUAUCGCUGGCUCGGAGGCCUUACCGUGUGACUUUUGCAAUGCGACACAAGGAUUCCAAUCCCACUUCGCUACUCAUGAGUUCGACGUGUGUGUCGACCGACCCCUUUCGGAGCGAUCCUUCUGUCGAAAGGAUCACUUGAUUCAGCAUCUCCGCAAAUUUCAUCAUUGUACCAAAGUCCCUGCGCUUCGAGUUGAGGCUUGUCGCGUAGUCACCAAUGAUGUCGAGAGUCGUUGUGGAUUCUGCCAGCUAGUGAUGUCGACAUGGAGUGAGCGUGCAGACCAUCUGGCAGAGCACUUCAAGAGCGGAGCGCGCAUGAUGGAGUGGUGUGGUGACUGGGGACUUGACACUUUGCACCAGGCGAUGUUGCGGGAUGCCAUGCUGCCCGCGGAUCGGUUUUCGUUGUCCGAAGGAGUUUCUUGA